AUGGCUGACUCUGCGGCGGCGAACAGCGACGGGGAGGACGGGCCCCGGCAGCCCAUGCGCGGCUUCGCGCGCCAGGGCGCGCUCCGGCAGAAGAACGUGCACGAGGUGAAGGACCACAAAUUCAUCCCGCGCUUCUUCAAGCAGCCCACCUUCUGCAGCCACUGCACCGACUUCAUCUGGGGUUUUGGCAAGCAGGGAUUCCAGUGUCAAGUUUUUGUAAAACAAAUCCUAAACUACUGUCUGAGGCAUCGCCUUGCUCACUAA